CUUCCCCCGCAGUUCGCUGUCCCUGUCAUCAAAUGUCUGUCAUCGAUCCGAUCUGUCACUUCGUCAGUAAGACCGUCUGUACGAAUCACAAUCGCAAGUUCGAUUCCAGGACAAUGCCGAACAGUACUCAUCACUUGAAUUCCGCUCUGGAACUCAACCAGCAUGGCAGACUCAGAUACCCUCACCAACGCCCUCCGCGACCUCAUCUGGGCGAACCACAUCCUCCAUCACCAUGGCGUGGUCGACGCCUACGGCCACAUCUCAAUACGCCACCCCACAGACUCCUCAGUGUACAUCAUGUGCGGAUACAUGGCUCCUGCGAUGGUCUCAUCUCCAUCAGAUCUAAUCCAAUACCAUGUUUCCAACUCCGACCCCAUCGACCCCGACGCCCAAAAAGGAUAUUCGGAGCGCUUCAUUCAUGGCGAAAUAUUCAAACGGUUCCCCCGCGUGAACUGUGUGGUCCAUAGCCACGCGGAGGAAGUUCUGCCCUACGUCGUGACUACGCAAGUGCCAUUGCGUGCGGUGUAUCAUAUGGCUGGGUUUCUGGGGUCGAAACCCGUCAAGGUCUUCGACAUUGAUCAUCAUUAUGAACACGGUGAUCAGCGGGACAUGUUGGUCAGGAAUGCCCGGUUCGGGGCGGCAUUGGCGCACAUGUUCGGUGGGAGGGAGACGCCGAACGAGACGGUGGUGCUGAUGAAAAGACAUGGGUUUACGUGCGUGGCGGGAAAUCUGGUUACGGCGGUGUACCGGGCGAUUUACACGAAGAUCAAUGCUGAGGUGCAGACAAAGGCUAUGACUAUGGCGAAAAUGCACUCAUAUGGUGUGGAUGGUCAAAGUGGGUUUGGAGGACUUACCGAAGAGCAAGGAGAAGGGUGCAAGGUCAUGUGUGAGACGUAUCAGGACAAACCGUGGAGGUUGUGGGUGAGAGAGGUGGAGAGGAAUCCGUUGUAUGAAAAUACGCUGAGUGAGGAGGGGGUUUGAGGUUGGGCAGGGGGGCAAUCUAGAUAUCAACACAUCGAACGAGUGUGGAA